AUGCAGCUGAAAGAGCUUAAGCGACACUCCAUGUCGUAUUUGGGUGACGGACAAAUGCGCAAGUGCAGCCGGAGCGCGGGGGCUCCAAUAUCGGCAGUCCGUGCUGGAGGCGUGGUCUCGUCGUUUGGCGGACCCGUCGGCCGGCCUCCGUACCGUCGAGGCGAUCUGCCCGGUUCUCGCGGACUGGGUGGGCCGCGACCGCGGAAGUCUCACCUCCGGCUACCUGUGCAGACUCACAAGACAUUUUACCACCAUGCAAACUUCUUACCGCAACAAAUCUUACCAGCCACCACGCAAACUACAAUUUUACGGGUUCCACCUCUCUUACACGAUGUUACUCUCACACUGAGGAAGCCAACCGCGAACACUUGUCAAGCACGCACAAGCACGCACUUCACCGGAAAAACCUGCAUCCGCCAGCGGAACCCGAACACCGCCGCAUCGCCAGACACGAACGCACCGGACGUCUUAUCUUACAGUAAAUGCCAUGUGAUGAAGUCGACAGUCAAACUGGGCAACAUGAGCCAGAACGUAAGAUGUGACGAUUUCUUCGUGGCUCAGAUCUUCCAUCGAGGUAACAGAGACGUUAUUACACGACUUACGUAUGCUGCAUUCACGCUCUUGUGGCGUACCGCUACUAGUAUUCUGAUCUGCAUCAUGUUUUUUUUGCUGUACUUCGAACAUGUUCAAACACGUCACGUGAGUCCUGAUCCAACUUCUGAUGUAGCUGUUGUUUACGAGUGGAACGACACGGCCGGCGCACCUGGCUUGUGUGAGUCACUCCUAUUGCACGUGCUAUAUAACAUAAAUAUCGUUAACGCCGUCAUAUAUUUUAAUUUGUUGCUCUUCUCAUUUACUUUUCGUUGAUUUAGAAACAUCAAAUUGUGAUAAUAUGUUAUUUCGCGGAUCUUACAACAUUAUUUCUGAAUUCCAAA